CGAGAAAGCAUGGGCGAGGUGACACCCGAGAUGGAGAGGAUCUUCCAGCGCUUCGACACUGAUGGAGAUGGGAAAAUCUCACUGACCGAGCUCGCCGAAGUUCUUCGCACCUUGGGCUCCACCAAUGCCGACGAUGUGAACCAUGUGAUGGCCGAGAUCGAUACCGAUGGCGAUGACAAUAUCGACUUCAAAGAGUUUAUAGCCUUUUGCCAUGCCAAUCCGGGCCUCGUCAAGGACAUUGCUAAAGUCUUCUAAAUGCUUCAAUCCUUUUGUUCUU